UGAAGGUACAAAGUCAGACAGGGAAGACAGAUUUGGUGUUACAGAAACAGACACCUGGCCAACAGUGGCGAGGGCUUGGCAAGUUCUUGGAGGCCCAUAACACCUAUACACCUACAAAUGACAAAGGUUUGAAGUAUAGAUGCUGCUGUGUGGAAUCUGUUGUUCCUGUAAACCAUGACACCAAACUUCUUUGUGUUAGUCUGCCUCAGGGUACCAGUAUGUGUGUACCUGUAGGUUAUCAUGUACAUAUACGUCAUCAAGUGGAGGAUGUGAUGGUGGUCCGCAGUUACACACUUGUCCAACCAGCACUUGAUUCAAAGAUCACUGAUCAUCGACUGUCACAGGGCAAAGUAUUCUACCUAAUGAUAAAGAUUUAUAAAGAUGGCGUCUUCACUCCAUGGAUAGACUCGUUAAAACCAGGUGACACUAUAGAAGUCAGUCAGUAUGAUGGUGACUUUCGUGAAAGUCGACUAGCAGGACAGGGUGAUCUCGUCAUGUAUGCUGCAGGAACAGGCUUUACUCCUAUGGUUAGCCUCAUCAACCACUGUUUAUCACAGAAUAAUAGUAGGAAAGUAAAAUUAAUGUUUUUCAAUAAAACUGAAGCUGAUAUAUUAUGGAGGGAACAUCUAGACAGCUUAUCAGACCAGCAUGAAUGGUUUACAGUACAGUAUGUACUAUCAGAGCCAGAUGAAAAUUGGACAGGACCUCAGGGACGAAUCAGACCAGAUCUCAUGAAAAUAUUUAGUCCAGCUCCAGAAGGGAAAUCUGAUACCCUUAUAUGUGCCUGUGGCCCUACUCCAUUUACAAAAACAGUAAUACAAUUAGCUAAAGAUAUAGGAUAUAGUGAUGACAACCUGCACGCCUUUCUAGGAUAAGUUUCGAACAGAUAGGCAAUGAAGACAGUCUACAGGAUCAUCUCUACAUAGCUGCUGGGGAUAGCCUACAGGGUAGCCUCAAGGUCCAAUAGUCUCACUUACCACAGAUAGUUUGAUGUGGGAUACCCUUCCUUCCUCCUGGAUAGUCACAAGUGAAAUUACCUGUGUUUACUUAAUGGUUUCAAGGAUCAUCACUGCAGACAGUCUACGGAUUGGUCACAAAGUGUAGUCGUUGAGCAUUGUCAACAGAUCUCAAAAAUUGUAAUUGCAGUACGUUAGGAAGGGGAGGUGUGCUCAAGGACUGGUGUGUUACAAGGGAAGAGGACUCCAGGGCAGAUGUGUUAAAACAGGGGAUGUGGGAUCGAGGACUGAUGUGUUAUACAGGCGAGGUGGACAUCAGGACUGAUGUGUUACACAGGCGAGGUGGACAUCAUGACUGAUGUGUUACACCGAAGAAGUGGACAUCAGGAUUCAUGUAUUACACAGGAGAUGUGGACAUCAAGACAGAUGUGUUACACAGGCGAGGUGGACAUCAGGACUGAUAUGUUACACAGGAGAGGUGGACAUCAGGACUGAUAUGUUACACAGGAGAGGUGAACAUCAGGACUGAUUUGUUACACAGGCGAGGGAGCAUCAGGACUGAUACAUUAUACAGGCGAGGUGGACAUCAGGACAGAUGUGUUAUACAGGCGAGGUGGACAUCAGGACUGAUGUGUUACACAGGCGAGGUGGACAUCAGGACUGAUACAUUAUACAGGCGAGGUGGACAUCAGGACAGAUGUGUUAUACAGGCGAGGUGGACAUCAGGACUGAUGUGUUACACAGGCGAGGUGGACAUCAGGACUGAUGUGUUACACAGGAGAGGUGGAUAUCAGGACUGAUGUGUUACACAGGAGAGGUGGAUAUCAGGACUGAUGUGAUGGUCUGAUUGUUCCUGAGGCAGCUUGAGGUCUUCUUCACACUGUAUUCUAAACAUACAUGUAUUCUUCAGAUAAUUGGUAUAUUCUGAUCCUGAUCGAUAUGUUCCUACCAAGAAAUUCUCAAAGAUAAUGUAUGUCUAUGUGUGUGCAUACUUGCAGAUGUUUUUUGGAUGUGUGCAUGUGUUUACCUAUGUUUACAGUGGUGCAAAACAAAAAAAAGUAAAAAAUUUUAUUUCCACAAAAUUAUAUUUUUUAACAAUCAGUAUUAAAGACAAUUAUUUGGGACUGUUUAAAUAAGUAUUCUGUACAAUUUUAUAGCAUGUGAAAACUACUUACAUUGACAAACUCAAUAACAUAUUAAUAUGGUCCACCUUUUGUCAAAAAUGACAACAGGAUUCACUUGUGGGUAAUCUGUUACAGAGUCUGUGCAUACUGCUGUAGUUUAGCAGUGUAUCAAUAAAGAAUGCUGUAGUUUAGCAGUUUAUCAGUACAUCCUGCUGUAGUUUAGCAGUGUAUCAGGACAAACCGCUGCAGUUUAGCAGUUUAUCAGUACAAUUGCUGCAGUUUAGAGAUGUAUCAAUAAAGAAUGCUACAGUUUAUCAGUACAAACUGCUGUAGUUUUGCAGUAUAUCAAUGGGAACCACUAGAGUUAGCAAUAUAUACAGUAACAGUUUUACAUUUUUUCAGUAGUAAACUGCAGGAGCUAGCGGUUUGUCAGUUCAGAGUGCUACAAUUUAGCUGCGUAUCAGCACAGACUUACUGCUAGAGUUAGAAGUACAUUUUUCAUCAGUAAAGAUUGCUGUAAUUAAGCAUUAUAUCUGUGCAGAGUGCUAGAGGUAGCUGUACAUUAGUACAGAAUGCUACAGUUUAGCUGCGUAUCAAUACAGACCACUGUAGUGUGUCGGUACAGAGUGCUAGAGGUAGCUGUACAUUAGUACAGAAUGCUACAGUUUAGC